UGGACAGGAGGUGGCAGUGUUGAGCAGUGUUCAGCGGAAGAACUGCUGGAGCGGAAUAAUUGUUGGAGUGAGAAUUGCUGGAGCGAGCAGUGCUGAAGUGAGGUGUGUUGAACGGAAGAAUUGUUGGACUGAGAUAAAGUACAAUCCAGCUGCUGGCACAUACUAAAAACAGGAAGAUUGAUUGUUCAAUGCAACAUACCCGCUAGAAUGAAUCUUAUGGAUUAGCCGAUAAUCCUUAUUCCCAACCUCCACAGUCCUUCUGUGAACCUAAUCUUAAAAUUCAGUUACGCCUGCCCAGCGCUCCCAUUGGCCGCUGGAUAAUGACGUCACUCAGUCAGCUGGCGACGGCCGUGACCUGGCUGCUGCUGCUGACCUGUGGUCACGUGACCCAUGCCCAGGUGGAGUUUCCCGGACCGUGCCCACCCACUCCGGUCAUACACGACUUCGACUGGUACAGGUACCUGGGUCGCUGGAAUGACGUGUUCCGGUACUUCGUCUUUUACCAAGAGAUCGGUAAAUGCUGGAGUGGCACCUACACCAUGGAUAGACGAGGUCAGGUCAGUGUGACCCUUAGACUCCGCGACAAACUGCUGGGAAAGCCGCUGAAAAUCACUGUAAACGUCGACCAACAGAGUCCGUAUACACCCAACAAACUCUACUACUCCGUACCGGGUCUACCAAUUCUGAGGGAUAAUUACGAGGUUCUAAGGACCGACUAUGACAACUGGACGAUCGAGUACUCCUGUCGAGAAAAACCCUUCGGAAGGCACGCGCAGCAAGUAUGGAUUCUCACCCGAUCCCCCCACCCGAGCCGGGCCGUUCUCCAAGAAGCCUUCUACGCUCUCAAACAGCUGAGGAUUCGUCUGAGACCAUUGCGACCCUCAGAUCAAUCGUGUUCACUCAGAGGGAAGCCAAUUCAUAUAUAUGGUAGGAGCCUUCAGACCGGUAAUGCAACAGUGGUAACGUGAUUUUUGACGUUAUGGUAAGAUGAUGGGGAGUUAUGAUUAUUGAUUAUGUCGACGCUUAUGAU